AUGCAAUUAGCUUCACUCUUGAUUCACAUUAAAGAGCGAAGGCUGCCGCGAAGAGCUGUCUUCAUCCUAACACUUCUCCUAGGGCUUCCAGGAGCAGCAGCAGCCGCAGCAGCAGCAGCAGCAGCAGCAACGGCGGUAGCAGCAACAGCAGCAGCAGCAACAGCAGCAGCAGCAACAGCUGCAGCAGCAGCAGAGGCAGCGGCAACUCGAGUUGCCGAGGGGGUCACCACCCGCCCAGCAGCAGCAGUUGCACUGGCAGCAGCCUCGACAAGACAGCAGCAAUUCAAGAUGUUCAGCAGCAGCAGCAGCAGCAGCAGCAGCAGCGGCAGCAGCAGCAAUAGCAGCAGCAGCAGGGAGAAUACGGCCACGCUGCAGGACGCGCAGCAGCUGCUGAGCUUUAUGGUCCUUAGCGUAUUGAACGAGCAAGUGCAAAAGACCUGCUUCGAGAAGUGCAUCGGCGGAAAUAAAUUUGGAGAUGAACUCAGCAAGAAUGACCAGGUCUGCCUCGCCAAGUGUAUGGACAGAAUGUACGAGUCUCAUGCCAUCGUGGCUCGCGCUUCGAACGAAAUGGCGCAGAACCUCCAGCAAAGCGGCAGCAGCGAUCUGUAG